AUGAGGAUGAGCCGCUGCAGUCACCUGCCGGGAGUCCCACCGGAGCCCCCUCGGCCGACAGCCCCGGACGGCAAGACCCUGCCUGGAGGCAGUGGGGGCCCAGCCAGCAGUUGCCCACAGUAUGUCAUGCAGGUGUCCUCCAAAGAUGGGCAGCUGCUCUCCUCUGUUGUGCGGACUCUUGCCACACAGAGCCCCUUCAAUGACCGUCCAAUCUGUAGGAUCUGCCACGAGGGCAGCAGUCACGAAGAGCUGCUGUCCCCCUGUGAAUGUACAGGAACCCUGGGGACUAUUCACCGCAGCUGCCUGGAGCACUGGCUGUCGUCUUCAAACACCAGCUACUGUGAACUCUGUCACUUCAGGUUUGCAGUGGAGCGCAAACCCAGGCCACUGGUGGAGUGGCUGAGGAACCCAGGCCCCCAGCACGAGAAACGGACUCUGUUUGGAGACAUGGUGUGCUUCUUGUUUAUCACUCCACUGGCGACCAUCUCUGGCUGGUUGUGUCUGCGAGGAGCAGUGGACCAUCUGCACUUUAGUAGUAGGCUAGAAGCUGUUGGCCUCAUUGCACUCACUGUCGCACUCUUCACUAUUUACCUCUUUUGGACCCUAGUAUCCUUUAGGUAUCACUGUAGAUUGUAUAACGAGUGGCGUCGCACCAAUCAGCGGGUGAUACUCCUAAACCCAAAGUCUGCCAACGUCCCCUCCAACCAGCAGUCCCUGCUGGGCCUGCAGUCCCUCAAAAGGAACUCAAAGGAGACAAUCGUUUGA